CAUUCUGUCUUCCUCUUUCAAUUGUAAAGUACUUACCAAGCAGAAGGAACCUGGUGGAGUUAAAGACAUUUGAGCUUUCUAACCAACUCUGCAAACUUUUAUGUUGGAACAGGAGCAAUGAAGUCAUUGAUGGAUUGAUGUUUUUUUCUGUGCUACCAUUCGGCCCCUGAAGAACUUGGACUUAUAGGCUGAAAUUGGGCCAUAAUGGAGCAGUGCUGGAUGUUGUGUGCAUUGCUAUUCAUAGCCACACUGACACUAGGCCACUGCCAGAGUGGUGAUGGAGGGGACUGGGGAUCAGGCAAUAUGCCAGAGCUUUUGUUCACCACUACGACGACUCCUAUUCCAAACACAGUCUGUAAUGAUCCAGCCAAUCCUGGGAGCACAGACUGGACCAAGCCGCUUUUUCAAGUCAUUCCAGACAGUAAAGCUGAUGGCUGCUCGGUCAAUUUCCACACCAGCCAGGCUAUAUCCAGGCGAUUACAAGUGGCCAAAGAGGAGAUGGCUUAUCUGAAAGCCCUCCAGCAUGGGAAUCAGGCAGUGAUGGAGAAUCUGAUUCAGUUUGUUGGAGCAGAAAUGGGGGAUCAGAGCUAUCAAGAGAUUAUUCAAGAAAAUAUUGUUGGGAUCAAGGAGAAUCAUGCAAGUUGUGUGGGAGUGCUAAAAAAAGCAAGUGAGGAAUUGGAAAACCAGCUAGAAGGAGCUGAUCUUGCUGGAAUUCAGAAAAUCAGCGAAGAGUCUUUGACGUUUGAAAAGAUGCUGCGUGCCACAACAGACAUCGCCAAGCAACUGGAGACCUCGUCACGAACCCUUCACCUGCAGAUAACAGAGCAGCAGAGAAAGAGCUUAAAGCUAAAAAGGAUCUAAACUCUACAGAAGGAAGACUGUCACGUUAAUAAAACCUAAAACCUAAAACGGCAUGAAUAUAAAACGCAUUAAGAGGAUAAUUUAAUAUUUAAUUGAUUUUCAAUGGUGUGAAUCAUGUAAUUAGACUUUAGGUUAAAAUUUCAAAGCCUUGCACAAGUUUUAAAUUUGUUACUUAAAGUGGUCUAUGAUAAAAUGUAAAAUGCAGAAUAUUGUGUUUUGUUAUUUUUUUUUUUUUGCAAUUGUUUUUGAAUUAUAGGCAGCUAGCUAAUUGUAUGGUUUUCUUGGUGCAAGGGUACAGAUGGAGAGCAGACAGCUUGGGACCCUCAGUCAGCACAGAUACAUGUGUGCAGGAAGGAAAAAAAGAGAAAUGACAGUGAAGUAGAAUAGAGCCUCAUCUGGCAGCCAAAGCAGAAAGGGUGCUUGUUAUCACCAUUGUUUAAUUCUUCUCUAUUAAUCAUAAUGAAACACUGUGCAAGUAUGAUUUAUGUUGGCCAGCUGUAAAUGGGCUGUGUGCAGUAUAUAUGUGCAUUAUUAGACAAUAGUGCUUGGAUACUUUUAACUUUAUUCUGUGUUUACAUUCUUUUGCACAGAAUUUUUCUUUAAUAAAGUGCAAAUAUGAAAUAAAAAUUACGAAAUGCACUAAAUAUCACAACAGACCCUUUUCUUUUCUUUUUUAAAUAAAAAAAAUAAUAAAAAAAUUCCUAGAA